ACCCUCCUGCAAAGGCUCCAGUCAGCCAUGGCGGUGCCGGGAGGCGCGUACUACUCGACAUAUCACGGACAUGAUGAGAGCUACCUGAAGAGCAUCAUCGCGAGUCUACGGAGGAGCCAUGGAUCUGACGCCGCUGCCAUUUUCCUUGCGGGGGACUCUACCCUGGACAACAAGCACUGGCUGUUCAGAGGCGGACAGUCUGCGCAGUCGCUGAUCGAAGAUCAAACCAGGGGGGCGUUCACCGCUGCUGCCGUGAACGGGUACGAGGCAGUACUUGAACCAACCGUGAUGGUCAAGGACGUGUGUUACUGGAUGAACUAUGAGCUCGCUGACAAGAAGGUGAAGUCGUUCGUCGUCAACACGGCCGUCGAGGCAACCACCCUGACGUCUCGCACCGGCGGCUUCCAAUGCUGCUGCAUGCCCGCAUGCGGUAGCCUCCAAGCGCAAGAUGAACUGAUCAGGCAGAACUUGACAGAGAGAGACUAUCUGGUCGUCUCUGUCGGAGGAAACGACAUCGCCCUUGCUCCCUCCAUCUGCACAGUCAUCGCCCUCCUUACAGUCAUGAUCACUCCAUGGUUCUUGCUGGGAUGGCUGCACCCGUCCGUUCUGUACCUUCAGAUGAUCUUCCGCUAUCAACUGCAAUCGUACGUCAAAAAGCUAGUUGAGAAUCGCAAGCCAGCAAAGAUUGCAGUGUGCAUGGUUUACAAUUUAGACGAGCAAAACAACCAAAGUUGGGCAAACAGUGCCCUCUAUUGCCUGUGCUAUCACUGCGCUCCUGGGAUUCUUCAGUACAGAAUGCGGAUUGCUUUCGAACUCGGCGUGUCAAAGGUCAAAAUUCCAGGAGUAAGAGAGGUGGUGCCCAUUCACCUAGCCGAUGCGCUCGAUGGAAAGGAUACCAGAGACUAUGUUGCUCGGGUUGAGCCAAGCAUUCAGGGGGGAAGAAAGAUCGCGUGUCUGAUAUUGUCGAAGCUUGGGUUGAUCGAAUCAAAACAUGUGUAG